AUGAAGAACUGCAACACCGCUUUUCUCUUCAAGUGGGCCAUCAGCUUUGGAAACAAGGGAAAGUUGAAGUGUGAGCUGACCGGUCUGUACAGCCACACUGAGCGUUGUGCUUGUAAGACGGCCCUGUCGAGAACAACUGCCAUGCUGCCCAUCAAAAGACAGCAGAUUGAGUCAUGGAGAAGUUUGCCCGAUGAAGAACUGCAACACCGCCUUUCUCUUCAAGUGGGCCAUCAGGUUUGUCCAGCAAAGAACUGGUGCCACUCUGGAACCGUUUUUUCUGGCCGGGAGCCGGUUCUUUGUCUGUCGAAACAGGAAAACCGGUUACAGACCCAGAACCAGCACUGGAACUGCUUUGGUGGAAAAGAGCAUGUUAGCACACUAAUGUUAGCACACAGAGCUGCUGCCAUGGCUGUAGACUCGUGUUUCAACAAACAGAGCUCCAAGUUGAGGCAAUUAGAGGUUCAUCGGGUGAGGAAUUCAAACGUCCAGGUGGAGCAAAACAAAACACAGCCGCUGCUCUUUCGCCUUGAAGGGAGCCAGUUGAGGCUGUCAGGGCUGGAGAUUAGGCUGCCUCCUCAAACACUUCACUGUGGAGGCUUUCUGUGCUUCCAUGGAGAUAACAUCACUGCGUCUGAUCGGAUUAGAAGUGAAGUACGAACAGCCUAUCUGGUCAUCGACUGUGUGAUAUCGGUGGUUGGGAUGGUGGGCAACGGUCUAGUCAUCUACGUGACAGGCUUCAGGAUGAAGAGAACAGUCCACUCAAUUUGGUUUCUCAACUUGGCCCUGGCUGACUUCCUUUUUACAGUCUUCCUGAUUUUCUAUAUCAUUGCUCUCUAUCAAGACUAUUGGCCAUUUGGACUUUUCAUGUGCAAGCUCGAAACCUUUGUGAUUGUACUCAAUAUGUUUGCCAGUGUAUUUUUUCUGAUGGCCAUAAGCCUGGAUCGUUGCCUGUGCACCUGUGCAGUGGUAUGGGCACGAAACAAUCGCACUGUCUGCAAAGCUCAACUCGUAAGUGUUGUUAUCUGGUUGAUAGCUAUGAUCUGCAGCAUCCCUUAUGCCACUUUUCGCAAACUUGAGGAGAAGAAUGGGAAGACUUCCUGUGUUUAUACAAAGGACAAGACACUGUGGUUGUUCCUUCUUAUUUUUCGGUUUAUUAUGGCCUUCCUCAUCCCAUUCCUGGUAAUAACAGCAUCUUAUGUGGCCAUAAGUGUUCGUACAAGGCGCCUGCAAAGUGAAAGGAAACAGAGAUCUCGUAGAAUCAUUCUCUCUGUCAUUCUUGCAUUCUUCUUGUGCUGGGUGCCCUAUCAGGUUUAUAGGUUUUUAGAGUUCAGUACUCCUGAUAACCCACAACUGAAAGUCAUUUUUGAACAUGGUUAUCUUCUGACUACGAGUCUGGCUUUUCUGAACAGCUGCCUGAACCCCAUUCUCUAUGUUUUCAUGUGUGAUGAAUUCCAGAAGAAGCUUAAGCAGUCUAUAUUCCUCGUCUUUGAGAGCGCUCUGGCAGAGGACAGAGACACUUCUCAGAAGUCUGAUUCUGCUGUACCUGUGCAGAGUAGUGGCACAGCCACUUCCUUUAACUUGACAGAAAACAGAGUCGACGCAAUUGAGGAGAGAGAGACACUGAGCAUUGAAUAA